AUGUUUGGUAUAUUUCCAGUUUUGAUCUUGGUGAUUGCAUCAUUUGUUCAGUGUUACAGCACCGACAAUACCUUCCGUUCUUCAUAUCUAACUAUCUGGGAUGAUAAAGUUUUAUUAGGUCACGUAAUAACAGUUCACUAUGUUGAUGGAGUCACUUUAUGUGCACACGACUGUUUGUCGAAACCAGGAUGUCAAUCUUUUAACUUUGGUAAAGACUCCAACCUAUGCGAGCUGAAUAAUUCAUCAUCACAACACAGAGACUUAGCGUCGAAAGCAAGCUUUCUACACGGCAGCUUGAUAAUAGUGCCCAUCAUCAAGUUUGUUUUCACUACGCUAGGCGCGCAAGGACCGACUGGGCCAACUAACACAUCAGGGUACUUAGGCACAACGCUAGAGGGUCAUGUGAGACUCAAAAAUGGAAUUCAAGAAUGGACAGUUCCUCACACAGGAACUUAUUACAUCGAGGCUUUUGGUGCCUCAGGUGCAAAUGGGACAUGUGCCUCAUGUUUGGGGUGGAGACUUGGAGGACUGGGUGCAAAAAUCACCGGUUCCUUUGAACUUGAGCGAGGCCAGAGGCUGAAGAUAUUAGUCGGACAGGAAGGGCAGAUAAGUUUUAAAUUUAGGGAAUCCCCAGGAGGAGGUGGCGGGGGCACUUUUGUUACAUUCAUGGACAAUUCGCCUCUUGUCGUGGCAGGUGGAGGAGGGGGAGCCCCAGUUUCAAUUGCCGGGAAUUUAGACGGGGACCCUGGGCAAGCAUGUCAAGAAGGUUCCAGGCAUGGAGGUAAGGCUGGCUCAGGUGGAAGACUUUCGGAUCCUAACUUGAUGGCUGGAACUGGAGCAGGGAUCUGGGGAGAUGGUAAAGGCGUAAACGGAAUGGCUAUGAGCUUCAAAAACGGAGGAAUCAGUGCUAACGUAGACCUCUCAAAAGGAGGAUUUGGCGGAGGGGGUUAUGGAUUGCUCCUGCCUGGAGGAGGAGGUGGAUAUUCCGGCGGUGGAGUUGAGGGAAACCAUCCUUCCUCUGGAACUGCGGGUGGUGGGGGCUCCAUAAACAACGGGACAUCUCAAAUUAAUGAGAGCGGAGUCAAUGAAGGAGACGGUAAAGUCAUUAUUACGUUGAUAAAUUAGACGUGAUGAAUGACGUGGACUGUUGGAACACUCGAGAAAAAGCAGAAAAGAGAGCGAGAAGAGAAUCCUGAAACUCUUCCAUCUGUGGAUGAAAAAAAGGUGUCUAAAGCCUCUAAAGUUGAAUUCAGGGUUUCUCUACCUUCGUGAAAAAUAGGCUUUUCAAGCUGCAGUUGGUUUAAAGACUUCAGAGAUCGAUGGGCUUCCUGCUUAGUUCAUUCCAUUAGCCAUAAAUCACAAAAGACGAGAUCACCGCUGAUUUGUUCAGAUCAAGGACGGAACUAAGCAAAGAAACUUAUGAACAUUGUACGGUUGAGAUUUUUAGUGCAAUAAGACCACAAUAUAACAGACAAUUGGUCUUAACGGAAAUUCUUUGGGGAGAUUAUUAUAUAUUGUACUUCAAGUCUAUUUUUUAUGUCUUAGUUCUGUUCUUGUGCAAUUCAUUGACCAAAUCUUGUUCGAAUUUUCUCUCCGUAAAUUUAAAGGGCUCGAUUUUCGCCGUCCGCUUGAAUCUUGUCUUCGUCCUUCUCCCUCUCUACGGGGAAGAGCGUGGGCUCAUUUCACGAACAGCGGAUAAAUAUCUAGACUACCAACUUAAAAGGUGACUUUUCAGGAACGAAUAACAAUAAGAUUUCCGAGUAUAUCGGAGAACGCUCACCUGAUGAAAAGAAACACCAAAAUGGGACUCGCAAAGGAUCUCCUGAAAGGAUCAUUACUUUAUAAUGCGACAUCUCUGUACUGCACAGGUAUCACAAGAGUUAGAUUUCUGUUGACCAGCUACAUAGCAGUGGAUAACAUAGGUUGUGUCAUUGUCACUGAAUAAACCUUCACACUCUAAAAAUUACCUAUCAUCAUGUUAGUAAAUUUAAUAUACUUGAGCCUUAACUAUUAAGAAAGAUUCUAGUGAAACAAAACACCUCGCCUUUGGCCCAACUGUUUGACUGACGCUAUAAAAAAAACUCAGUAUUUACAUAUACUUUUAAUUAUUGCUUGGAACAAAGCAUGACGUUUCUGAAUGAAAGUGUAACUGAGAGGUAAGUGAUAAAAAGAGAACUGAAAAGGAAUGAUACAUACACGUUGUGUAUGGAUGUUCUCUGUUUUUGAAACAAAAUCUUCUGUUCAACAAUAAGGAACAUUACAAAAUUUAUACCGAUCCAAAAUAAGCAAUGCCUCACUUAAAGUCAACAAGUUCAGUUUUCAUUUACUAGCCAUAAUUCGUAUCGCGUUUUUGAAUCAAAGCAUCGUUAACUCGAAAGCUGAUGUGGUCGCUUUUAAGGCUUAAAUGCCUAUUGUUUUCCAAAUCGUUUCCUUUCAAUACUUAAUUUUCAUUCUGAUCUCAAAAAGGACUGUCUCAAUCGUGAUGGAACGAUAAAAAAAACCAUCGAAAACCAUCUUGUAAACUUUGAAACUCGCAGCUAAACUGGACGAAUUUUGGAAUGGCGGAUUUGUAGGAUACUUCACAGAAAGUCUUUUCGUAUGGUAUUUAUGCACGAAUCGGUAAGUAUCAGAAAUCAGUGACGAGCGAUUGAGAUUUCUGAUAAUAACCAAACAGUGUGUAAAUACCAUUCGGACAGACUUCCUAUGGCGUAUUCUGUGGGUUAAUAAUCUUCUCCAAGUUACGUCUAACAAGGUGAUUAACUCCGCAAAUUACUUCUUCAAUCAUGUGUACUUACGCUCUUUCAUCUCUCAGACAUUCUUCGAAUGGUUGCUCAUCUCACCUUGUCUUUGCUUUCAUGUUUCUUUUCUCCAUGCCUUCGAAAAAAAUCCUUCGUUGAAUUUUCAAAAGCGACAAAUCUCUUUAUGAUUUCCACUCUGCCUCAUAUUUCGUUGUGCAUACAGUUAUUGGAUAAAGGAAACAAUGGCAAAAACAACAGAUUGCCAUUGGGACCAAAGCUUUGUUUUACAAUAGUAUGAGGCAGAGCGGAAAUCUCAACCAGAUCUUUUCUUACUCGUUUUCUCAAAGAAUUCGACUUUGAAAACAGUUCGUCAGCGAGAUAAUUUGUACAAUUUUGCAAACGGUUGAGAAGUUAAACGCUGCCAAAGAAGCAUGAAUGAGAAUCCCAUUGUUAUGGUUCACACUUCAAAAAGCAUGAAAAGCGGCUCCUGAUUGGACGUAUCGUUUUCUCCACACGUGCAAAAUACGGCACGCGCCUUUGAAUGGAUUAUCACCAAUACUGUGUUUUGCACCCUUUCAGUGAGUACCUCACCAUGUAUAUAUGAAAAACCUUUUUUUUCUAGAGGUAUUUGUUUGCUGAAACAUGCUCGCCUAAUUAAAUUUGAUUGCACAAAUUUACUAGCUAUGUUACAAAUUAAUGGAAGUUACGCUGACAAAUAACAAACUGAACUGUAGAGAGCAGGGACUAUAACUAUUCAUAGCUAGACCGUGCUUAUCCAAAGCAACUUUCUCUACCAAACUCUUUUUGAGGCACAGGAGGUUGCUUCAUUUAUUCCUGCUCCUCUCUAUGGGUUAAAACAGAACAUUUAUUCAUACCUGCUGAAGUUAGACGUUUAGGAAAAAAGGAUGAUCUUCGAAAUAUAAUUUGAAAGGUUACUUUCUGUAUCAGCAUCAAGACCUUUAAGCGAUAUUCGUGCAUUUUAAGUUUUUUAUGCUCGCAUCCGUCUAAAAUCUGGUUAAACUUAUGUUAAAGCUUUGGCGUAGCAGUCAUUUUGAGGUGCCUAUUCUGGGUACAUAUUUUGAACGUUUAACUUGAAAAUGAGACUUUCGAGUGACCCAGGCGUUUUAAAAUGAGAAGAAAUAGAUAAUGUACCUAGGUAGACCGAAAAAUAAAAUGAAGUAUUUAACAGUAACUGUAUAAUAGGUGUCCUUUUUAUUAACAAUGUUGUCUGUUGAGUGAGAAAUCGGUGAAAAUGGAAAAUAAGAAUAAAAAAAUCAAACUUUCUGCUAUCGAUUUCUAAGGAAAAGUGAUUACAUCCGUAUUAAUGAUCUCAGUGGCAAUAUUUCAUUGUGCGUAGUGAAAAAAUUUAGCACCCUUUCUUAAGGGACAGGAGUUAAGUCAGUGGCCAACAUUACGAGAACACUCGGUGAAUUGAAACACAAUGACGGGAAACGUGCCCUGAAAACAGAAUGAUAAACCAACUUACCUUCUCAAUAUCUAAAACCAUGAAUGUAGUGAUGAUGGCAUCAUUUAAAUGUCCGAUUAUAAAUAUAUCGUUCAAGAUCCACUUUCGACCCUAAUCACCUUUUCAAAAGAUUUACAUCAAACAGUUUUAACUUAAUUUGUAUCUCCGCUGCACCAUCUCUUCCAUUUACUUUCUCUUUAUUUCAGUUGUACUGCCUCAAUCUUUCAUCUUAAGGGUUCCCACUUUUAGGCUUCAACUUUUAAUUCCUUUUAUCUUACUUGAAUUAGUUAUGAAGACUUAAAUUUAAACAAGCAUUUUAGAUUCGUACAGAAGAAAACGCCAGUGUGAGCCAAUAAUGUAGCUGCUCACAGCAAUAGAAAUCCUUACAUUUGCAAACAUGGCAAAAAAAAUACCUUGGCAAUUUGGUAUCAUCAACUGAGUUGAAAACGUAAAUUGGCGACCGUUAAGCACUUCAAAGAUGAUUUUCGAGCGUUAGCCCUUCGUCAGAUAUCUUCUAAUUUGAGAGGCAUAUCUAAAUAUCUUCUUAUUUCUUAUAUUCAUAGAUAUUGAAUUAUUUUCCAAUAUCUUUGCCGAAGAGAGCCCAAUACAUCUUCAAUGCAAACCGUCGCCUAUAGCUGAACAACUAUAAGCUAUUUCGAUUUUUUGUCCAUCUUUUCGCCUUUGCCAUGUCAAUUAAACUAUUACAGAAGAAGUACCGCGGAGAGGCAAAAACUAACGUAUAUGAGAACAAGAAACUACUUAGUCAAAUCAACUAAAUGACAAGUACGGGCAAUGGCAAUUGAAGACGAUUCUUAGAACGCGUUCAGCGUCAUCAUUUGAUAUAGACUUUUCUGAUAGUGGAGGCAAAGGUGUAACCACUUCACGUGAGAGAUCGUAUAGGAAUCUUAUUAAAGGAUACCACUAGCCUAGCAAUUAAUUACUUAACCAAAGCCCGCAUGUAUAAUUAUUUGCAUUUCAAAUCUCACUCUUUUGUUAGGUAUAACAGGAAGGCAAGAAAUUCACACACUUUUCACGAAAUUAAAUUUUACUGAAUUGAAACAUGUCAGAUUAUCCCAUUACAAAUCCUUUCCGCAACCAUCGUUCCUGUUAAUAAAGGGAAAAUAAAUGGGAGAGUUGACUUAUCUUUAAAAAUGCAGAUCAUAUUCGCUGCUUUAUAUAAAUAUAUAAAUAUAUAAAAUGCAGAUCAUAUUCGCUGCUUUAUAUAAAUAUAUAAUAUAUAAAUAUAAUAUUUAAACUGUAAAUAAUUUCAAGGAGAACUAGGGCCAGUUCAGACGCUGCACUCAUAAGCUCGUGUCAUUGACCAAAAAACUCGGUCAAUAAUGAAUUUAUUACUUACGAAGAAUUGCACCUUCAAAAGCUACUGUCGUCCAUUUUUGCUAAUCACACGGUAUAUUGAAAUUUAAGAUAAAACACAGUUUGCAUCUAAGCCUACAGCCACCAAGUCCUUAAUCUGCCAUCAAAUACCAUAGAUUGUAUAAGGAUAAUUUCCGCUGGAAAUCUUUCUGGUCAGGGAUACCAACAAUCGCCUCAAGGAUUAAACAAAGCAGCGUUGACUAACGCGUAUAAAAACUUUGAUGAGGUGCUUCUGUCAAUUCAGAAAUGAACGCGUCUCGUGGAAGCUUAAGUUAAGACGGUUCCAUGAAUUCUUCCCUUGCAUUUCGUGGAAAAAUUGGUGACGUUCUAACACAUUCGAGUUAAAAAUCCACGGUUGUCUGGAAUAUACAAGGACAUUAUGGUGUGUUGACCAAUCGAGUGUUGUUGUCUGCCAUAAACCGUGCGAAAUAACGUCAGUUUUCGCGCUUUUCGUACACCAGCCUGUAGGUUUAAUAAUGAGAACUUUUGCAUUUAAAGAAUAGGAACCAUUUUGAUUAUGGCUGAACCGUCAAAAAUAAGACGUUAUUUAAGCCUGAAAUCUGAAGGCACCUCCGAAAUCAUCGAGAAACGUCUGAAAUUGGAUGGGAACGUUUGAAAUUAUGCACUUUGUAGUCGCGUUAUAUUAACAGAUUUUGUUUUCUUCUUUUUAAACCUUUAAAGAAAGAUAAUGAGGUAUAAUUACAAGCAGCGGGCUUCUUCAAGAGCUUUCUCGAAACAGCUGGUGACGGAUUGAACUCUAACAUCAGCGGUUUGUGACUGACAUGUAAGUUUACUCAAUUUAGGGUUUUAGUGCAUUUGAGCAAACAUUUAUUAGCGAUGGCGGAAGGCUCGCUACAUUACACUUUCCUUGCAUCUCGUUAGUUUUGAACACUGUGAUAUUUCCUUCAAACUUUGCUGACAGCCUUUUACAAAGUCGAAAUUCGUCAUAACCUUUAGAAUUUCGGAAUGGUCAACAAGAUGGUUAAAGUAAAGUCCAGAAGGUAGGGUAAUUUUUCAUUUAAGUUUAAUGUGAAAAUUGGGCAACAAUCACAAUUAGAUUUUCGUAUACAAGACCUUGUUCGUAAUCGCAGACGAUCAUGUUAAUCUGGUGAUUCGUCGAAACUUAAAGGCAAAAUAAACCAGAAUUUACUUCGACAACAAAUUCCUUAGACAGAAAAAAAUGAGUUAUGAAUAAAGUUUCCUUAAAUUUGAUUAAGGAUAAAAUCAAUUUAACCGACUAGUGCCAUAAAGGUUAAAGAGAAAAACAAAGCAGAUUUUCAUAGCUAAAUGUAACACUGGGUAUUGUCAGUGAAAUUGCUCUGUGCAACUAAACCACUUCAACAUGUUCAACUUUUAAUUAUUUUGACGUUCGAUUCAUAACUCCAAAACAAACACCAAAUCUUAAUCGCAUUACUUUGUUGUCGUAAUGUAACUGCUAUGUCAAAGAUCAAUUAUGUGUGGUAUAAAUGAAUUCUGCUCAAAAAUUGUUGAUGCUAUAAGCAAAUCAUGGAAAAUGCUUUACUGUGACAGUGUAUGCGUCAUUCAGACCUCUAUGUCGGUAAGCUCACUUUGCUACACAGCAUAACAGCACGUAAGUUAACGCGAAUACUUUGAACUGAAAACUCCACAAAAAAAGCCUGAAGACUUUCUUCGACUUAGUUUUGAAUGAUUGAAUAAAAAAUUUUUAAAUUAAUUCAAAUAUCUUUUUUCUGUAUCAAAUAAUCUUUUAAAUUCAUAAAUUAUCUUAAGACGAUCAGGACUGCGAGGACAUGGAGCGAAUAUCUUGUCUGAAAACACCCGCCUUCGAUCACGUUCACUGCUUCGCACGGACCAAAAAAUGUAACUAAACCUAGGGAAAUGCAUAGGUUUCCUUAGGUUUAGUUUUCAAAACCCCUUCCUUUUUUUUUUUCGUUUUUUUCAGAAUUUACGUUUACAAAGGCCUGAAGCAAGAGUACUCCUCAUCUCUGGCCCCUCAUGAUCUCUUUAUUCGAAGAAUCAGAAAGAGUACAUCUCUAUUAAUAAAAGCAAUAUUCAAAACAAAAACAGACAAACAACGAAACAAAACAAAGUAAAAAACCCAUUUAUAUCAAUUGAUUUAUAACAUAUUUAUUUUUACAGAAACUUGGUCACACUAAAUGUGAUUCUUUUACUGAGUUUCACUCCGCUCUCAUUGGCCUUGACACGUUCCGACGUCUGGAAGUCGUCUUUGAUUGGCACUCGACAUAACUAUGCAUUGGUAGGACAUGUGAUGUUCAGUCGUGUUGCCAAAGGAAGCAUGGUAUGUUCGCAAUUUUGCUUAUCAAAACCAGGUUGUCUCUCGUUUAACUUUAAAAAACGACAAGAAAUUGACAGUGAAGGUUUGUGCGAGCUUAACCAGCGCCGUUGUCAUGGCGACCGAGAGGUGAACCUCACGCCAAUCAGAGGAUAUGUUUAUGGCGAGUUUGUGGAUGCUGAACUGAAACGAUACACUUUUACAUCAUUGGGAGCUCAAGGCCCACAUGGACCAACAACAGCGGAAGUAGUGGGUUACAGUGGCACCAGUUUAGAGGGUCAAGUAGACAUUGAAAAUGGAUACCAGCUUUGGAAAGUCCCUAUCUCCGGUACCUACUCCAUAGAGGCUUUUGGCGCGUCUGGAGGUAAUGGGACGUGUCAGAGUUGCAAAGAAUGGAAGCUUGGUGGACUGGGAGCGAGGAUAAAAGGAACUUUCUAUUUCAUCAAGAACACGAGGCUCAGGAUUGUCAUAGGUCAACAGGGUCUCCCAACCCAUACCUUCCCGCAGCGUCCUGGGGGAGGGGGUGGUGGCACGUUUGUUACUCUUACAAUUGACAGGACCAAGAUUAUCAUUGCCGGAGGGGGAGGAGGAGGAGGUCUUGUCAAAGCAGGCUUUGAAGAUGGAGAUCCAGGUCAAGCAACCCAAAAUGGCACUCGCUACGGCGGGUACGGUGGAACAGGAGGGCAGCGGUUUAACACAGCGCAUAAAGCCCUUGAUCAUGGUGAAAUCAAAGCAAGCUCAGGAGCUGGGUAUAUAGGCGAUGGAGACGCUGAUGGAAAUGGAAACCCAGCGAAGAGUUUCCUUUCGGGUGCUACAGGAGGAUUUCAUGCCGUGGAUAAUGGGGGGUUUGGAGGAGGAGGUUUUGGAAUGACUCAUGGGGGUGGUGGAGGGGGAUAUUCGGGAGGUGGGAUUAUCGGCAGCACAAAUUCAGGAGCCUCAGGGGGAGGAGGUUCGUUUAAUUCUGGUUCUCAUCAGGUAAACGAGGCUGGGGUCAAUAGAGGGAAUGGUAAGGUUAUCAUAACAAUCAUAACAUAA